UCCGAGCCUCCUCAGUGCUCACAUCAAAGACCAACAUGAGCGCCAAGUUCGUCGUUGAUGUUAACAUCACAUCGGCACAGCAAAGGGCGCUCUACACCUUCACCGUGAUGAACGUGCCAAGCAGCCCAGCGCCAGUCUUCUCCAACUCCUCCUACCACACAUACACAGGGCGGCUCAUAGCAGAGUUCACGUGCAAGCCCAAGUCCACCAGCACGCUGGGAACCUACCGCUGCACGUCAAGUACUGUCGCCAACCUCUCCGUGCCGUUCAGGCCAGUGAGCAGGGUGAAGGCGCUGGUGGAUUCGUGGUUCUUCUUCAGCGGCUACAACACCGGCUUCUACUCCACCAUCAAAGUGAAUGGCGUGACGCUGCGCGGUAACAUCACCUCCUCUGUUGAUAUUGCGAAGUUGUAG